AUGGUGGAGGAGAAGACGAUAAUGCUGAAGAUGAUGAUGGAUCUUCAACGCGACAGACACUGGAGAAACCAAAGCACUGUGAAUGAGUUUGUCUUGCUGGGAUAUCAUAAUCAUUCUGUCCUUCUAUUCAUAGCCUUCCUGGCAAUCUAUCUGACCAUUCUACUAGGAAAUGGUCUGAUUGUGGUGGUGACCACCAUAGAUCCUGCCUUGCAUACUCCCAUGUAUUUCUUCCUCCGCAGCCUCUCUGGACUAGAGAUGUGCUAUACUUCGGUCACACUUCCCAAGAUGAUGGCCAGUCUGGCCACUGGAGACCGCUCCAUUUCUCUGCCAGCCUGUGCCUCUCAGAUGUUCUUCCUGCUUUUCCUAGGUGGAACUGAGUGCCUCCUCCUGGCAACCAUGGCCUAUGACCGCUAUCUCGCCAUCUGCCUGCCUCUGCGCUAUAUGACCAUCAUGAACCAAAGGAUGCAGGUAGGUCUGGUGGUUGGCUCAUUUAUCAUCAGUCUUCCAAUGCAGUUGGUGCAAAUUGCACUCAUCUUUUCCCUGCCAUUCUGUGGACCCAAUGAGAUGGACCACUUCUUCUGUGACAUCCCACCCAUUUUGAGCCUAGCGUGUGCUGAUCUCUAUGCUAAUGAGUUGACUAUAUAUAUAGAAGAUACAACCUUUGUGUUGGUUCCAUUUGUGGUCAUCUUGGCUUCCUAUGUAUAUAUCACGAGGACUAUACUGCACAUGCCAUCAGCUACAAGUCGUCAGAAGGCCUUUUCCACGUGUUCAUCACAUGUGACUGUAGUAAGUCUAUUCUAUGGCUCUGCAAUGUUUUCAUACAUCCUCCCUAAGACUCCAGAUUUCACGAAAGUUGGCAAGUUACUGUCGCUCUUCUACACCAUCAUCAUUCCUCUCUGCAAUCCUCUCAUAUACACUCUGAGGAACAAGGAGGUAAAAUCUGCUUUGCAAAGGUUGCUGUACAAUAAAAGAACUUCUGAAAUGGGCAUGGAGUCAAAUUAA